CUCUGUUUUGAAUAGAGUUUUAUUUAAGUACGACGCGGGUUUUUAAGGAGCACACACAUACACACCAUUGGGGUUGCAGCAAACAUCGGAUAAGACCGCAACUCAAAAUGCUGAAACCUGGUAAUGGAUUCGCUUUUAAGCUGGUUUUGGCAGUAACAGUGCUGUUCUGUGUCUUUACACGUACUGCUGCCAGUAGAGGUGAUCAACUCCUUAUCUUUCAAAAAUGUGUGAACAAUUGUAUCAGCAAAAACUGUGUCGGCGAUGGUAGCGACACUGAUGGUCUUUCUUGGUAUUUGAAGCUAACCCAUUGGACCUGUGGAAGUAAUUGUGAUUACUCAUGCCAAGGAAUUGUUUCUCAAAUGCUGAAAGAGGCCAAACUUCCCGCUGAACAAUUUCACGGAAAAUGGUAUUUCAUUCGGUUCUUUGGAAUUCAGGAGUUGCUAAGUGUACUGUUUUCUAUUUUCAAUUUCAUUACUCAUUAUCGUGGAAUGAAGAAAAUCAUCAGACUUGUUCCAGAUAGUCAUCCGAACAAAAAAAGGUACAUUGCUUGGUGCAUCGUUGGUAUGAAUGCUUGGUUAUGGAGCUCUGUGUUUCAUGUCCGGGAUACGAAAUUGACAGAGAAGUUGGAUUACUUUUCUGCAGGCGGUUUCGUUUUGUUUGGUUUGUACAACACAGUUAUGCUACUCUUUCGUAUUGAUAAAUGGCGUUUUGGCGGCUUCAUUACUUUUAUUUGGUCUGUCAUAUGUGGUACGGCUUAUAUUCUUCAUAUUAGCUACCUUUCAUUCUAUACAUUUGACUAUGGAUAUAACAUGCUUGCUAAUGUUAUCGUUGGCCUUCUUCAAAACUUGCUUUGGUUCUAUUAUUCAUGGUCACAUCGUAAACUUGGACCAUCAUGGACUACGUGGCCCGCAUUCAUUGUCAUAUCUUUGAUGGCUGCAAUGUCGCUCGAAUUGUUUGAUUUCGCUCCUUUGGCUGACUUGCUAGACGCACACGCUUUAUGGCACUUAUCGACUGUCCCAAUCACUUACUACCUCUAUGAAUUUUUGGUUCGUGAAUCACAAUAUUCUAUGAUGCAAGAAAAGCUUGCCAACUGAUGUGCUUAACAUUAAACGUUGGGUACCUACAGUUUCGUUACGAAACUUGAUUUUCCUAAGCGAUUGUAAAAGAUACAGUUGUUAAAACAAGUACUGAUUGCUCUUUGAAGGAUGCAUAAUCCGUCCUUCCUACUCAAAAUGCAGAUCGGCUACUGAAGUUUUUUACUUUACAACUUUACGUUAAUUAAUUACGACCACCAGUUAUGUAUCAAACCCCAUUCCAUUGAUUAACAAAAUGCAUCAAAAUAAACUUUUAAACAAAUAAGGCAAAAUUUCAACCUUGCAAUGAUCGUGCUUUUUUAGGUAUUGUUUCCUUCACAUGUUAAGAAUUCUUUUUAGAAGUAAGACUUCAGUUUUCUCAAUCUAUUUGUUCUUCCCGAUCCAUAUCAUCAUGCUUGCGUUUGCCUUUUCCCCUUCCUUUCAUCUUCCUCUUUUCAUGAAUCUCCUUCAUUUGAAUGAUGGCCUCGCGCUGUGCUUCACCAACACGUUCCGAAAGGAGCAAGACAUCUUCUUUUGGUGCGUCGUAUUCUUCCAUCUUUUUUUGAAUGGCAGCUUCAAUACGUAAAAACGGUUCCAGGUCAUACUGUGUUACCAAAGCGAUGGAUUUACCAGAACGACCCGCACGAGCAGUUCGACCAACCCGAUGAAUGUAAGCCUUUGAAUCGGUCGGUAUGUCGUAAUUAAUAACAGCAUCCACUAGGGGAAUAUCUAAACCACGAGCAGCUACAUCUGUAGCUACAAGAAUGGACCGAGCGCCUGACUUGAACUUGUUCAAGGCUCCCAAACGACUACUCUGUGACAGUUGACCAUGAAGCGGAAUGGCUGAAAAGCCAAGAGAACGCAAUAAUAUGGCAACUCGCUGUGUAUCGUUCACCGUUCGCGUGAAGAUGAUCAUUGACUGACCUGCCAUCUCGUUUACAAUGUAAACAAGAUAGGUAUCCUUGUGUUUAAAAGGGAAGAAUAAGUACUUUUGCAAAAGUGUAUCCACAGUACUAAACUUUGAAGACACUGCGAUACGUACAGGGUUGUGGAGCGAUGCACGCUGAAGUUUUUCAACUUUACUGGUCAUCGUAGCAGAAAACAAAAAAGUGCGUCGCUCCUUGGGGAUAACCUUCAGGAUUUUAUCAAUAAUUGGACCGAAAUCCAUGUCUAAAAGACGAUCUGCUUCGUCCAUAACAAGGUAUUUUAGAUUCCGGAGACUAAAACCUUUUGUAUUUUCCAAAUGAUCCAUUAAACGACCAGGGGUACAAACAAGGAUAUGUGGUUUCUUUGAUAUAGCCACUGCUUGAGUUACCAUAUCCAUUCCACCAACGAUAACAACACUUUUAACACCCAUAGCACCGCCCAAAGCUUCGAAUUGUUCGGAAAUUUGGUAUGCCAGCUCUCUAGUAGGGGCUAAAACGACGCCAAAAAAAGGACACGGGUUCUCCCAAAGGGCUUGAAUAACAGGGAUAGCAAAGGCAGCCGUCUUUCCGCUACCAGUUUGAGCGAGACCAAUGAUAUCUUGUUGCUUCAAAGCAGCAGGAAUCGCUUCCUUUUGAAUCGCUGACGGGGCCUUGAAAUUAAGCUUCUCACAGGCUUCACAAAUCUCAUCGAUCACUCCCUAAACGUGUUAGUUUAGUGUAAUUUAAAAGAAG